AGGUUUCCGGAACACGGCGUUUGGUGCGUACCGCUUGAUUUCAACAACAAAACUUGAGGUUGAAAGAUUUACUUUUUCGUAAAUAAUUUACGUCGGAAUUCCGUCCUGUUCGUUCGCAAAUAGCCCCAGCCAACGGAAAAAUUGUUCAACAUAACAAGAUCGUUAAUUGUGCAUUCAUUUAAAAGUAAAAUUCCCAUAUUUGAUUCAGCGAAGAAGCACACAGCGCAAAAAGGCGACAGCGAAAAGUGGACACAGAUCUAACUUGGCUGCUGGAAUUUAAUCACUCGUGACGAUAACGUCGACGUUUCUCCCUCUCUCUUACUGCCAGUGAAUUUGAUCAGCCGAACGUAAAGCAUUUUUGCCGUAAAGCAUUCCGCGGAAUUUCCGCCUAUGGUCAAGCAGUUUAAUUGAAGAGAUUUUAUCACACAUCAAUUCUCGAAAUACUAAAGAAAUAACGAAUACUAAUUAGACAAAAUGUGGCCAAAAGCAGCAAGUUUAUUUUUAAUUGUCCUGUUAUCGAGUUCGCUGACAAGUGGCGUUCGACGAAAAUCCAAAAUAGAUUUGCCCAUAGCAAAUGCAGCCGAUGCACCACCAAAUGAUAAUAUUGCAUUGGCCUCAUCAAAUGAUGCAACAAAGUUUGAAGAACAACCAUCCGCCCAAGCAUUAGCCAAUACAGAAAAACCAGCAGCGCCACCAGCAGCAGCAUCAUCAUCACCAGCUCAGCAAACGAGUGCACAAUCGAACAUUUUGCCAUCACCAGCAGCUGUGUCAGCACCAUUAGCUGAUAAUUCAGUUUCCAGCGGGGAAAAUGAGGCAAUCGAAUGUGAUCCCGAUAUGAUUGGUUUCGAAAUUAUUACUGGUUACGUAUUUUCGGCACCCGAUCAAUUGUUAGAAUCAAUGCCAGGAACACUCAUGUUAACCGAUUGCUUGGAAGCUUGUCAAGCCAACGAAACAUGCGGAGCCGUCAAUUAUGAGACUGGACUGUGUGUUCUAUUCUCAUCGAAUGCUGAUAAAUUGCCAGGUGCAUUAACCAAAUCACAAUUCCCGGUAUUUACCAUUUAUGCGCAAAAGUCAUGUUUAAGCGUUCGACCAUGUUCGCGUGCUUGGUGCAUCGAUCGCGUACAGAACUACAAGUUGAACGGUUUCACAAAACGCAGUACAACGGCAAAUUCACGACAGGAUUGCUUCGAGAUGUGCUUGGGCGAAAAUGAAUUCAAAUGCAGAUCGGCAAAUUAUCAUCAUGCGACGGGCACUUGUGACCUAUCUGAAAUGGAUCGCAUCACAUUGGCUGCAACUUCAUCGUUCCAACAACACGACGGUGUCGAUUAUUUGGAAAAUAACUGUGCCGAAGAGCCAAAUAAGUUAUGCGAAUUCAAACGUCUGUCCGGCCGAAUUUUGAAAACCGUUGACUCAGUCUACCAAGAUGUAUCGAAUGUUGAUGAAUGUCGUGAAUUGUGCUUGAACUCACCAUACAGAUGCCACUCAUAUGACUACGGGGAUACCGGUGACAUGGUCUGCCGUCUCAGCCAUCACAGCCGCGCUACAUUGGCCGAUAUUCAGGAACCAUACUUGGAUGUACCAGAAGCGGCCACAUACGAAUUGUCAUCAUGCUACAAUGUAACGAUUGAGUGCCGUGCCGGUGAUAUGUUGGCCAAGAUUCGUACAUCGAAACUGUUCGAUGGAAAGGUGUACGCAAAGGGAGCACCAAAAUCAUGUGCCGUCGAUGUUAAGAAUGCAUUGGAGUUUGAAUUGCAAAUGCCAUAUCAAGACAUCGAAUGCAAUGUUCGACAAAACGGAUUGGGUCGCUAUAUGAAUGACGUUGUUAUUCAGCAUCAUGACACGAUUGUAACAUCAUCUGACUUGGGCCUAGCCGUCACCUGUCAAUACGAUUUAACAAACAAAACGGUAUCGAAUGAAGUCGAUUUGGGAAUAACUGGCGAUAUCGAACCGGCUCUGUCCGAGGAAGUGAUUGUCGAUUCACCAAAUGUGGCCAUGAAGAUUACCGCUCGCGACGGUGCCGAUGUGAUGCGUUCGGCCGAAGUGGGCGACCCAUUGACAUUGCACUUUGAAAUUUUGGAUAAAAACUCACCAUACGAAAUGCUUGUACGUGAAUUGGUUGCCAUGGAUGGUAGCGAUAAUGCAGAAAUUACAUUGAUCGAUGCACGCGGUUGUCCAACCGAUCACUUUAUCAUGGGGCCCAUUUACAAGAGCGUCGAAUCGGGCAAAAUUUUACUCUCACAAUUCGAUGCAUUCAAAUUCCCAUCGUCCGAAGUGGUUCAGUUCCGAGCAUUGGUCACACCAUGCAUGCCAACCUGCGAACCAGUUCAAUGCGAUCAAGAAGAUUUGAGCGGUGGACUGCGAUCGAUCAUUUCAUAUGGCAGAAAACGGCGCUCCAUCAAUGUGACAGAAUCUCGUUUCACACGUGAAACCAAAACACCAAGCCGUGAAGACAUGUUAUUAGUGCAAUCCAUUCAAAUCACUGACAAAUUCGGUUUUGACAAGCAAACAUCCCUCGAAAAAUCACGAUCAUCCAGCGAAACUGUGUUCGUUUCAACCGAUCCAACCGCAUUCUGUGUUAAUGGAUUAGGAAUUAUUGUGGCCGGUACAGUAUUCUUGUUAGCACAACUAGCAGUCAUUGCCAUUUGGACAUACUUGUACCAGCGUCGCCGAAAGAUGCGUUCAAUUGACAGCUGUGCAUCAUCGUACGGCCCAUCAUUGCAAACAUCAACGUUGCCCGGCAGCCGAACUGAUUCGCUUAGCAAACUAUACGAUUACGAUCACACAUUGAGUAGUCGACAUGGACACUUCUAAAGCAUACCAAGUGACACACCAACAACAACAACAACAACAAGAACAACAAAUUUAUCAUCGAAUUAAGUUUUAAAACUUGACUAGACACACAUACAAACAAACAAACACACAGAGAGAGUGAAAAGAGAAGAAAAAGAGGAGGUAGGAGACAAUGAAAUGUUUUUUUUUUCAUUUUUCUUUCGAACCACAAUGCCCAAUGUAAUAUCGAGACACAAUUUCAUCUUAGAAUAACAAAUUAUUGGAUUCUUUUUUUUCAUUUUGUUAGUAUUUUAAUUGUCAACGCUUGCAUUAAUGCAACCACAUAUUGCUUAACCAAGCAUAUUUCCCCAUUUUUUUUUACUUAGAGCAUUAGAUUAGUUUUCUUUCUUUUUUUCAUUUGAUUUUUAUCAAACAACCAAUCAAUCAAACAGAAUACAAAUUGAUCAGGCUCAAAAAUCGAACUUAACUUCAGUUUAAUCGAUUAAUUGUAAUCGCAAUAGAUUAGAUCACUCACAUACAUUGAAUCUGAGCGUGAGCGAAGAGCAUGAUUUAAGUCUCGUGAACAAAAAACACAUUAUGCAGAGAAUGAAGAAGAAGAAGAAGAAGAAGAAGAAGGCAUCAAUUGAUUGAAAAGCAUCCUCUUUACGCAAAACUAAUUUCUUUUUAGCAUUAAAAAAGCUAGAGCCUUUUUUUUGACUUGCGCACUGUCAAUGGAAAAAGUCUGACCAGAUUGUAAGGCACAAAAACAUUCAUUACUUUUACUCAUAUCACACACCAAUAACAAUGUAUACGCAAUUAGCAGCAACAACAACAGCAACAAUGAGAGAAAAAAAAACACAAGAAAAAAUAACGAAAAAAAAUGAGAAGAAAAAAAUUACAAUACAUAUCAAAAUACAGCAAAUUUAAUGCAAAUAAAAAUGCUGUGCCACUGUUCCAUAGUCAACUUUUAACAAUUCAUUCCCAAUUUACUUAAUUGCACAAACAAACACACACACACACAUGCAAUCCAUAAUUUUAUAGUAAACACAAAUCGACACGAAAUAUUUCAAACUUAUUAACAAGAUAUGACACAUAAUCGAUAAGGAACAAAGCAUGAGAAUGAAGAAAAAACUGCGGUAUUUGAAAUAUGGACCUUUUUUUUAAAUGAAUGACAAAAAAAGCGACAAUAACUAAUUUCCUUUUUAAUUGACUGUCUUGACGUUUUGUUGAGACUCGCAUUUCACUAUGCCAUUGGCAUUGGCGACGGAAACAAUGACAAAUUGAAAAAGCAAUAAAAUUCACCCAAUAACACACAUGAUAAUUUGUGUGCGUUUGUUUUCAGAAUGUUCAUACGUCACCACAUCCAAUCAAUUAAUCAACAACAUCACAUAUUUAGAUCACACAAACGAUUCAGUUUCUAUUUUCUUGAUGAUACUGAAUCGGAAACGAAAACUGGAAUGUCGCAAAAUAGGCACAAACACAAAUAGCAUUUAAACAAUUUUAAAUUUUUUUUGUUCGUUUUUUUCCCUGUUGGGUCCCCCCAAUAAGAAUAUGGCAAUCAUUUUCUUUUAAAUUUUCAUUAUGAAAGUAGACACGGAAUGGAAGUGGCGAAACAAAACAAAAAAAAAAACGAAGAAAAAGAAGAAUGCAAGUGUGAGUUUUAGAGUUUUUGGUGGCAAUAUUUAAUAUUUAAAUGUAAUCGUAUGCUUCGCGAAUAUUCAAUAUUUAAAUGUGCGGUCAUUCAAAUCACUCACACAUUAAUUAAUUUACACCACUGCACAGAACAUUGAAGGUGCUCGUCAUAUAGUUCAUAAGUAUUUAUUAUUGUACUUCAGUUUGAAAUAAUAAUAAUAACUUUUUCUUUAAAAUAAGAUUAGGGAGAUGAAAUACCGUGAGUAAGAGGUCGAUUUCUUGAAUCACCGUUUGCAGUGUGCGCGCAUACACAAACGCACGCACUCGGUGCUACAGUUUUCGUUAAAUACAAUUUCAUUAAAGAACUGAAUUAUUUUUAGUUUGUCUUGCGUUGAGUUGAAAAAGAGAAAGAGAACAAUUCCAAAACAUUUAGCGGAGAAAGAUUAGGGUGCAAUGUUUUCACCGAUGUUCUACACCCAAGAUUCCCGCGAUGCGAUGCAAUGACACCUAAAUUUUACUUGAAUUAAAAAUUAUUCGUCGAUCGACUAAUCUCAAAUUCGAAUUCAACCGAAUGCACUAGGUGCUUCUGAAUGAAUCAAAUUCCAUUUCCCCUUCUCUUGAUUCCACAAAACAAACAAACCGCUUCGAGAUUAUUUGAGAACACAAAACUUUUUCUUUUCUUCUAGACACAAGUAUACUUUUAGCCAAUAUAACAUCAACCUAAUGAUAAUUUAAAUCAAACGAAAAAAAAAAAUAUCUUUUUAUUUAUUGAAACAAACAAAAAAAAAACUUUAGAUUAGAGCAUCAAGCAAUAACAAUUGAUUUGAAAAAUGAAUUGCUUAAGUAGGCGUAGAGAAAAAAGAACAAUUACUUUUAGAUUUUUGUAACGGUUCUUUUUCACUGGAAAAUUCGUUUCAAAAUAUAGCAAAUGAAUGUGAGCAGACCGAAAAAGAGACCCGUAAACCAGUAAUAUUUAUAAUAAUCAAAUAAAGACAAAAUAAAGAUUUAAAAUUGAAUAAAAAA